CCGGAUCUCUUUUUCCACCGGGGAAGCGCGAGUGGCUGGCAGCGCCGGGAUCGCCCGGUUCUUGGGACCUGCUUCGACUUGCGGCUGCUCUCCGCCAAGGAGGCGACGGCUCCGGGGCUGAGUCCCUCCGUCCUCCGUCAGCGGCGCGGUUUCUUCUCUUGGAUAUUAAGCUUUGCAUCCCAAGAUCAUGACAUUUCAAGGGCUCCAGGUGUUGUUUGGGGUGUUUCUUUGCUCUUGCUGUGUAAAAGGAUCCUCGCAGCCCCAGCCUCGGGUGUUCUUAACCUUCAAUGAAUUACAGGAAACCAAGACAUCCCAAUUUUACUCUCUUUCCCAUCACCCCUUGGACUACAGGAUAUUAGUGAUGGAUGAAGAUCAAGACCGGAUCUACGUUGGCAGCAAAGAUCACAUUUUGUCGUUGAAUAUCAAUAACAUAAGCCAGGAGCCACUGAACAUUUUCUGGCCAGCAUCAACAGCCAAGGUUGAUGAGUGCAAAAUGGCUGGCAAAGACCCUACACACGGUUGCGGCAAUUUUGUCCGGGUGAUACAGAUGUUCAACCGCACCCAUCUGUACGUUUGUGGGAGUGGAGCGUUUAGUCCCGUCUGCGCAUACCUCAACCGAGGACGGAGAUCUGAAGAGCAGGUUUUUCAAAUUGACUCCAAGUGUGAAUCGGGGAAAGGACGUUGCUCAUUCAAUCCCAGUGCCAACACGGUCUCUGUUAUGAUCAAGGAUGUUUUUCUACUAGAAACAGAGAACCCCAGAACAACACUUAUAUAUGGCAUUUUCACCACUUCCAGUUCAGUAUUUAAAGGCUCGGCGGUUUGCGUGUAUCACUUAUCCGACAUUCAGCGAGUGUUCAAUGGACCGUUUGCCCACAAGGAAGGACCCAACCAUCAACUGAUUCCCUACCAAGGAAGAAUUCCUUAUCCACGACCAGGGACU